AAUGUGUACACUUAACACUAUUCCUGUCAGCUGUACUAUAAAAGAAACAAUACUUUAAAAUAUUAAGAAAUCAUUUGAUGGUUUAAUAAAAUAAAUAUUUUUGAUGAUUCUAAAACUUCUAACUCUAGUAAAGUUUAUAAUUCUAUGAAACAGACCGGUGUGAAAGUUAAAUUAUCAAACAUCUAUAGCUUUUUAAUAAGAUAAGCACUAAGCAGUCUUAUAGUUGUAGUAGCCUUUUCGAGAUAGCUACUUCACGAUGUCUAUGCGGAAAAGGAGUGGAUCUGGCUCAAAGAGACAUCUAAAAGAAAAGGUUGUACAAAUAUAUGAAUCAUUUUUCAAAGGAGAUGAUUUAACCAGUGACAAUCCAACAUUUUGGGAUGAGUUCUUCCUCCUUAAGCCCAAAAUUCCACAGUUAGAAGCAGAGAUCCAGAAACUAACUGUGGAUCAACUUAAUAACUUGAAAGAUAAUAUUAACCUUUUAGUUUCCCAAUGUAUAGAGAUGCAGGGACAAGAACAUCAUAUAAGAUUAGUGUAUGCUCUUCAGACUUUCAGUGUCAUAUUAACAACAAUGUACCAAAGAGCUAGUCAAGAUCCCAGUAUAAACUUAAAACAUGUGCUUCUGGGUGAAAAUCCAAAUAUUAAAAUGCAGAAACUUCUAGAACAUUGUGGUUCAGUGUUAUCAGGUGACGUUCCUGAUAGUUUGAAAUCGAUGGUUUUAAAGUUACUGCUGAUUAUAGCGACGGGUUUUGAUAAUAUCGAUGACAACCCCCUCGUGGAAUACCUGAUGUCACAUUCAUUGUUUGAUCCCCUCAUACAACUUCUGUGCACAUCGUCGGAAAGACAACACCAUGGUUACGAUGUGGUGCUGCUGGUGAUGUUUCUGGUGAAUUAUAAGAAGCAGGAGUCGGCUAACCCUUAUGUUGUUAAGCUGUCCAUAUUGGAUGAUGAAUGUGCAUUGAACGGUUACGGCCAAGUUAUAACGGCGGCGUUGAACGACUUCGUGAUGACCACGUUUGGUGGGAUGCAAGCGAGUGGUGGCGGGUGGCUGUCCUCGCUCACCAGCAUGGUCGGCGGGAUAUUCCUCACCACCGAUGACACACAGCCAGUCGUUAGAGGACAGAGACAGAGUGGCACAGAGGAAGGUAUGCUGCUAGGUCUGUUCGCUGCUGCUCAUCUCAACCGGAACUUCAUGACGACGUUGGCGCACUCCUCGGCAGCCUCCGCACCUCCCUCCCCUCCAGCCACGCUGCCUCCCAGACAGAGUCCACCCAAUCUCGCUCAGAUCCAAGCUCUCAAUAACGACCAACCAACAAAUUUACUAGUGACUUUCUUUCAGUACUGUUCUAUAGUGAUGGCGGAUACCCGCACGGAGACGAGCAUCAACAAGUGCAGUCUCUGUUUCAUCACCCUCACUUGUAUUGUGGAGGAACAGUUCGCCAACUCAAUAAUGCAUGAUCAGAAUCUGACUUUUAAGGUCCAACUGUAUCGUCUACCGAUGCGUCAUCGAAAAAUAGUUCCAGAAGAACCGCCAUCACAACCUCUGGCCUCCACACUCAUAGAUCUCCUCAUCGAGUUCAUCAUGUGUCACCUCCUCAAGAAGUUCCCCGGUGACUUAUAUUCUCUCUGUGUGGGUGUCCUACUCCGCCUCCUGAGUUAUCAGAAGCGAUGUCGUGUCAGAUUAUCCCGGGAUUGGCGCCCACUGUGGGCGGCGCUCAUAGCCCUGCUGAAGUUCCUAGUCACCAACGAGAGUGUACUGCUCAGAAAACAUAAUAUAUUCAUUAUGGCACAACAGGUGGUGAAUAUUUUCAAUCUGUUCAUAACAUUCGGAGACACUUUCCUGCCCACCCCGGCCUCCUAUGACCAACUGUACUAUGAACUCAUCAGGAUGUACCUAGUAUUUGACAACCUGUUCUUCAUGGCUCUCCGCUACUCCACCGGUGACGGUGAGUUCAAGGCGGAAGCCCUCCGCCUGGCCAACUGUUUGGUCAACGUUAGAGCGAUCGUCCAACACUUCUCACCCAAGAUAGACGCCUGGCUGGCCUCGCAGCACCUCUCCACACCCACAGAGGACCAGAUCCUGGAAGUGGUUCGUAAGAACUACGACAGUCUGAUACUAAAGUUACAAGAGGGUCUGGAGGGCUACGAGCGAUACAACGAGAAGACCCACAAGGCUCUGCUAAGCAAACUGGUCCGCGUAGCAGCGAGCUACGCGCGGGCUCGUAGCGACGCCGCUACGCUCACCCAGCACUCGGCCGCGCUACUAGACCACUAUACAGCGCUCGCCUGAUAAAAUAUACAUAUCCAAAGGAUUAUUAUAGAAGGAAUAAAGAAUUCUUAGGAUUACAAUAAAGUUUAUGUAGCUAUGAUCGAGUUCAAAUGGCUAUGAUCCGGUUCAUAUGGCUAUGAUCCGGUUCAUAUGGCUAUGAUCCGGUUCAUAUGGCUAUGAUCCGGUUCAUAUAGCUAAGAUCUUCUUGAAAUGGCUAUGAUCAUUAUCAUAUCAUGUUAUAUAAUUUUUUCAAUACAGCUUUGAUCACACUCCCAGCAAAGCUUGAAAUCAAUGUUUUUUUAUAUUAUUAGUACGUAUGGUAAGCUAGAGAACCUGGACGAUUUAAAAUGUAUAACAAUUUGUAUGUUUCCGUUGUCGCUUGAUUAAUACUUAUCAGUGUAUGUAUCUAGAACUACAAGACCGAGUCAUUAUAUAAGUUUGUAUUAAAUGAGACGCAGCGAUGCCGCGGGCGGAGACUAGUUUAAUAUAAUGUGUAAAUAGUACUUACAUUAGGCGAGUGCACACGAGGACGACGGCUUAAGAAUCGUGUGUCGUAAGAAGAAAUUAUAAAUUCUAAAUGUAUUUAAAAAUGUUGUGAUCCGCUUGUAUGUUACUUUACUUAUAUUUAAUGAAAUUAUAAUUUAACGAUUAACCAAAACGAUUUAAAGUUACCCCCCGAGUUAUUUGGUCAUUAUAUUUAAAAUUAUUUACAUAGAUCGUAACAGAAAAGCUCUGACGCCAUCACAGAGAUACAUAAUAUAUAUAUCCUGUUUUGUGAAUUAUUUUUUUUUUGUUAAUUAAUAAAAGACUGAUAACAAAACGUCAAUUUUAUUUUAAUAUAACAUAAGAGGGUACAAAAUUAAGUACUUUAAUAAAAGACUAGAUAUAUUUUU